ACAAACUCUCAAACUGAUUGGAACUAGUGAAGUCGAGCGACUGUUAUACCUCUUAUUGGACAUCUCCAUAGGCCUGAUGGCAUACUGAAACAACAAAAAAACGAGCUCAAAAAAGUCAAUCAAAUUAUACAAUAGCCAGGUAUUGGAUAUUGAAGACUAAGUACCACAGCAACGGUCACCGUAGUAAUUUCGAAUGGAUAACCACUUGGGCCCACCGACUUAUAACUACUUUACCAAAGAAAAGCCACAAACAACGAAUCAGCAGUAUGGCUUUUUCUAUCGAGAAGAGCAAGUUGGUGACGUCGAUACUCUUCAAAACAAGGCUGCUUGUAAUGAAAUGGUGACGUCUUCGCAUUUACUUAAGCACCACACGAAAUUUCGAUCAUCAAAACUCAGGCCACCAUUACCUAGAAAGAUAACAUACCAUACUGCAUCACCAUUAGCAAAACACAAAAAGGAAUGUGAAGUUGGUGGCGGAAGAAAGUACCCAGAUACGCGUUUAACUCGAGUCAAAGUGCAAUGCUGAUCAUACAAUUCUAAAGCAAUUCUGGAUUUAUUCCACUACAAUUGCUAGAUAUGCGAUUACGAAUGUCGAUAUAAAUCUAAUGCAAUUAUAAACGGGUCUUAUUCCGGUUUUAAUCCAAUACCAUUAUUAUUAUAGUCCACUUAUAUCCAUGCAGUACAAUCAUGGUUUAAUUAUUUUUUUACUUUUACAUAUGCUAGUGAAUCUAAUUGCCGGAAUAUAAUUUAGUGCUAUUUAUAUUCUCGUCCUUACUUAAUUGAUCUCUUCUCGAUCAUCAAUUAUAAAGAUAACAACUAAAAACAUAAUUUGCACAAAUAAGAAAGCAACAGAAUAUUAUAGCGAAUAUACUGACAUCCAUGUUUUGAAGAGCCUAACCACUCACAUAAUACAUCUUAAAGAUAUAACAUUUUUCGCUAAUGUAUACUAAUGAAAUUGGGUUUAUUUCACUGUUGUUUUGAGACUGCUUCUCUAUUUACAACAUCAUAUAAACUGUUUUGGUAAAAGAAAGGUUAUCAUGAAAUGUGUUUUUGAGGAGGAAUAUUAUAAUAUAAACCAGUUUUAACAUAAUAUACCGUCCGGAAAGCAUGCAAAUGUUCCAACCAACUAGAGAAUACAAUGUAAUCAAUUUACAACUCAUAGAUUUUUUACACAACUUGAUUUAAGUUGACAAACAGAUCUAAUGGAAUUUUUAAAUAAAUUACACUAUGUUAGUGAAAAGAAAACACUAUAGAGUUAAAUUAUGCUAGUAUUUCAGUAAAAUACAAUCCUGAAAAUUAAUUCAUACGAGUUAUGGUCUGAAGAUUAAGUUUUAUGCCAAUUGUUUGCUUUUAUAAAUAAAACUUCAGCAUAUUUAAAGUCGUCUUCAUAUACAAGUCAUUAUUAUGUGUAAUCCUUCUUAAUUGAUUCAGAAGGUAUUACUGAAAUAAUUGGAUACGUGUGAGAUGUUUGAUUAUUCACUCCAAGUCUAUGGAGCUAUUUUACUCUAAAACGGUACAGUUACAUUUUUUAUCGCCAUACAAAUUCUCUUUCUAAUUUAUGUUUUGUUGUGAAUAUUUUUAUGUUUGAAAGUUUACAACAUCAUACGUGGUUUUGGCUUACUUUGGUGGUUUGUUUUCACGUAUCUACUUUCCUUCAAUUCAAUAAAACUGAUUAUUAAGGACAGAUAUGUAUUUUUGAUAGAUGUUUCCUAUAUUUCUGUUGAACAUGCCUGAUUAAAUACCAUUACUCCGUUGUCUGCAUAGUGUUUUAUUAUUAAGCAACCAUUAUGAAAAUCCUACAUACACAGGGAUGAAAUGCUCCUUUGUAUCUUUCAUAGAGUCCUUAAGAAAACCGCUAAUUCACAAAAUGUUGUGUCUGGAACCCAGUAAUGAAACACGUAUGCUACGCGGUAACCCCCCCUCGCUGAAUACUUGAACAACAGCACAAGAGUGAGUGAGGUGUAUUGGACUACAGAAUACAAUUUUCUAAUAAUCAUUCAUAUAUGUACACCUAUAAUCCUUAGGAAAUUGAUCCAUUUCUUAGCCAGUGAAAUGUACUUGUCCUUUAGGUGACUUGUGAUUGCCGUCGAUUGACCUCCUCAUCAGACCAUUGCUGUUUGGCUCUCCAUAUCACAAAAUCUUUCAUGAAGCAAACAAGCGACAAAUACUUUUGAUUGUAAAGUUCAAGACUUCCAACGCUAACACCGCUAAACAAAAUAAAAUCUAAAUAUCUGGGGAAUUCUUUUGAUAAGUAUUACAUAUUUAUCAAUGAUUUUCGUACUAAUGAUAAUCCAAACGAAAUGAAUGUCGAAAUCAAUCAUCAAAAGGUGUUUAGUGAAAAAUUCUAUUCUGUGAUUGAUUUGAAGUUGGUAAAGUUAAGGCAUUCGAAUAGUCAAUAAAGUCUGUGAUGAGUAUAGAGAAAUCUUUCGCCAAAAUUAAAGCAAAUCGAAAUAUGAACGAAGAACAUUCUUUUCAAUAAUUUCUCAUUGGGUUCUACAAUUAUCUCAUAUCCAAAUUAAUUAACCAUAAAAUUGGUCAGAUUUAAGGCAGAGUACAUCAUCUAAAAUCAUAACAUGCGAAUCGAGGAUUGUUGUUUGUUACAUCAAAUCAAAUCGUUAUUGUUGGGGUUGACUAAUAUAAAGUGUUAACUUGAAUCAGUUUAUAAGUGAAAUGAAAUUGUGAGGUAAAUGAUGAACAUGAUGUGAGAGAGAGAAUAAUGUUAUUACAAGUCAUAAAU